AUGCAACUCAGCCUCCUGUGCAGCCUGGCUCUGUUAUCCUGGAUCACCUGGACUGCCUGUUGGAUGAUGUGGGUGAACAACUGCCAUCCAAUAAUGAUGUAUUGCCUGCAACACCUCCUAAACCUCAGAAAAGUCAGUUAUCUGCAGCAGUGGUUGCUGCACCAAUGGCAUUAUCUAGCCAUCCUGUUGGACAUGGAGGCCCCACCUGAGCCAAGGGAUUUGUCCUGUGUGGAGCAGAUGGAAUUUUCCAGUGCACUGAGUGUGCCCAUUGGCCAGUCUUCUGCACCAUGUGUUGCUGGGCAGAACACAAGCACCAGCCAUUCCACAGGGUGGAACAAUGGAAUGGAACAUUCUUUGAGGAAUCAUCCCUGCAGCUGGCUGUUAACAUACCUGAACAAUGGUGAUCAGAGUCCCUGCAACAUUUUAGCUUUCAUCAAAAGCUUGAGUCCCUGCCUGACAAGGAUUAAGGAGUGCUGUGUCAAACUGGCCACUACCAUGGCCCAUGCAUGGUGGCAGAAUGACAGUGGCAAAGUGGAAUUGGGAUAUGAGAGGAGACUGCUGUGGGAUGUAAUUGUGGAAGCUGCAGAAUUUUUCACAGGAGUAUUGAACAGUGGCAUUUUGCUACCCCUGCUUAUUAAUUCACAUCCAUCACCCACUGCUGAACAUGCUGCACUACAUGCAAUGUGCACAGAAGGCUUGAAGGAUAUCAAUCAGGAGUUAUUGUGUCUUUCCAAGUUAAUCUUACAUUCACAGGAGCAGAUGUCAUCACUGGAAGCUGUUACCUGA